GCCGUCAUGUGGCGCCGCCGACUAUGCACUGUGAGACGCCUUCUUGGGUUACUGCUACUUACCUGCACCAUCAACAUAACUUGGAUCUUCCUCUAUCUAAAAGAGACGGCACCUGUCAGUCGAGAUGAAGUGAACAUUUCAGGACGUUUGCUUGGCCUGAACAAUGUCACCGAGACUACCCGCCCGUCCACUCCCGAUGUCCAGUACCUCAACAUGCUCAACAGACUGCCGAUCGAACCGAGGGGCCUCAGAAUAACAGGGGAGAACAAUUCCGUUGCAAAAAUGAUAAGGGACAAGAUACGGAACCUGCUGAGUCCACGCCAGAACAUGGUUCUUUUCUCCGAAUUUGAGGCAAAUUUUGAACGCUGCAACCUGUCGCGAUUACCCGACAAGCACUGCUUCGGCACAACGCCCGUGAAGCACCACCGCACAUGCGCAGUCGUCGGCAGCAGCGGCAUCCUUCUGAACAGCUCCUGUGGGAACGAGAUCGACUCCCACGACUACGUCAUCCGCUUCAAUCUCGUUCCCCUCAUCAAGCACGCAAGGGAUGCCGGGAUGAAGUCCAACCUGACCGUUAUGAACGUGUAUCGUCUGAGGAUCAUGGUCAAGAGAAUGGAGUUGGGAAGCAGAAGAGCCUGGGAACGAUUCGAAAGGAUCAACAACUCCAUGAUUAUCUAUCCGAAAAAGUUGAGUCGAACCGCGUACCAGUACAGGAGGUACUCGGAACUACUGGAGCUUUUUAGGAACAGAUCUAGAACUGCCACCAAGAAGAAAAGGAAGGUCUACCUGCCCCUACUGUACUCCAUAACAGAAGUCAGGAACAUAACUACAGAGUCCGUUGUUUAUAAGUACCUCAGUCCUUCACGCAACUUCAUCGAGUUCUCGUUCUACGACGACACUCUCGCGAGAUGUGAGGAGGAGUCUACGCUGCUCUCCCUCUGCGAAGGGCCGACUCCCAUUGGUCGAUACCGAUCAUGCGCAGUAGUCGGCCACGGCGCAUCGGUUUCGACGGGCGGUUGUGAAGAGGCCAUUAACAAACACGACUUCGUCAUCAGAUGUAGCCUUCCGCCAAAUAAAGAGCGUAACACCAAUACCAAGCAAUUAACAAAUCUGACCAUAGUGGACUUUGAGACAUUGAAAAAAUUGGAUUCGAACACACUAAGGAGAAACCUGAAUUUAAAUCUGAAUUCCCCCUUGCUAUUGAGCAAGCCACAACAACUACAGACUUUUGUGAUCGGUUACAUCGGCGAUUUUGAACCAUAUGAAUUCGGUUCCGGGAAGGUCAAACAUAAAAUGUGCUCUGACGUCAAUGCCGUCUUACAGGCACAGAACAGACAAGCUAUGCUGACGUUUUCCAUGGAACCCUUAACAGACAUCACCAGAAGAAUAUUGCUGGAGUUCAACAUCAGACUGCCAGAGCCGCCGUCCGCCACCCUGGUGUCCGUUCUACUCGCUCUGUCCUUCUGUGAUACCGUCACACUCUACGGGAACACCACGUCUGGCGACAUCGGUAAUCCUAACGAACAACUCCCCAAUCUCAUCCAUUCUGUUUAG